CUUCAGUUCAUGAUCGCCACGACACCCAAUGCGUCACUCGCGCAAGACAUCAUGGAGAACCCUGCGCCUUUCUUGGCUAAGAUGGCGCCUACAUGGGAGAUGCAGUUUGUCGGCGGCCAGGGUUCAAUUACCGUGUUGAUUGACAACGUCCCCGAUGCCGUCAGCCCCGUCAAAGCCAGGCUCGCAUUCGUGCAGGUCCCGCAAGGCGAAUCCACUGCACUCGAGUUCGUCUGGAAGUUCGAGGUGGAGAUGCCGGACAACUGGUUCGAGACUGCGGUGUCAGCUGCGUCGCCGCAUCGCCUCGUUUCUGUUGUCGACUGAGCAUCCGAUUCUCCUAUUCCGGUACCUAAGCUACUAUCAUCUCCGGAGUACGCGACGUACAACGUGUUUGCGUGGGGCAUUAAUGGCCCUUCUGUGGGCAACCGGUCGAUCCAGAAGGAGAACUACGAUGUGCUCGCGAGCCCUAUCGGCUGGCACUCUUUGCCGUUCGCGAACGACCCGCAGUCGAUCGCGAACAAGGUGAAGAGCGGCCCGAACGGCGAGAAGCUCCGCAACACGACGACGACUUGAGGCAACAACGUGUUUGCGCACGAGAACUGGGAGGGCGUAACGCAUGGGAGCUGAACUACCGCCCGGACGCAGGUGCCUAUCUGGCGUUUGACUACAAGUACGUGCCGACGCAGACGGACCGCACGGAUGCACUUGGCGAGGCAAAGAAGUACGUCAAUGCGACGGUUACGCAGCUUUUCUACACGAGCAACCUCGUGCAUAACCUGUACUACCGGUAUGGCUUUGACGAGGUCUCGGGCAACUUCCAGCCGCACAACUUCGGACGCGGCGGCGAAGAGAAUGAUGCGGUCAUCGCGAAUGCACAGGACGGCAGCGGGUGAAGGCCAGGAGAUUGGCUUUAGACUUGCAAUGAUGACUUUGUAGAGGAUCACCCAAAGACUGAUUGGGUCGGCAA